AUGGAGGUCCUCUUGACACGUUCCGCUAAUGGCAUCUAUAACGAGCAGCUGACCCAGCAGGCGAUGAACUAUGCCAUUCGCUCGGGAAUUGCUAUCACGGCAACCUAUGCCAUGCGCCAAUCAUCGCGCUUGCUCAAGAAUGUCGAUGGCGAGGACCGUGAAGAACUCCUAUCCUUGCAACAGCGCCUUGAAAGCAAGAUCCAGGUUAUCUCUCCGUCAAUUGAUAUGAUUGAACUCAUUGCUGCUCGUGGGAACACAUCUCUCGAAUCCGCGGUCGCCCUUACCAAAUCCCUAAGAUGGGAUAUUCAGGCCCUCGGUCAAAGAUUGGCAAAAGCCGCGGCGUCUGAAGAAGCUAUGCGAAAAGGCUCGAAGUCCUCAAAAGAGCGACCGAAGAACGAGGCGGAAAUUAAGUUUAUCAUCAAAGACAUCAAAAACUUACUUGCCCGUAUCGAGGAUGCUGUUCCGCUCAUGAACCUGGCAAUCACCACCUCUGGGGCCAAAUUAUCCACAAAUUUGCCAUCGACAGUGUCGCCAUCGCGACUCUUACAAGCCAGCACUUUCCUUACGGCUGGCGACACUCAAUAUUCGAUGUUGCAAACCCUAGAGUCUCAGGCGGUCCAAAUUGGGCCGACAUUUACGCUUUCGAUGUACAUGCUCUUCGCCAGCCACCUCCGUCUCCAUGAUGAGGAAUCCAUUCGUGAGGCAACAUGGAAAGAGGUUAUGCACAAGGCAAGACUGAAACUUCGACGCGUUCCAAUGAAUCUCUACUCAUCAGAGGAUCAAACAAAGUCAUCACAGUUUCCAGCGCCGCCAGGUGUUGACGAAUAUGCUUAUCAAGUCUUGAUCAUUGAGGACAUAGACGAUGGGAGAAUCCACACAUUUGAGGACAAUGAGCCUCAGCCUCACAGCUUUGAGGGGGUUGCUACGGCCGGUAUCAGAGAGAUUCUCCCGAUUCAUCAAAUCUCCAAAAUCUUCUACGCCGACACAGGCAGGAUUCUCAACAUCAGCACUGAAGGGGAGACGAACAACCCCGUCCUUUUACUCAAGAGAGAUUUGAAUGCUCUACCACCUCGUCGUAUGAUGGAACGUGAGGAUGUCGAGAAUAACUUUGCCUCGGAAACAGAAGAAGGGGGAUUGGUAGAUGAAGAACAAGAGCAGCUGGAUGCACAGUUGAAUGGUGGCAGCUCCUCGGAACAGCCCAAUUUCAAUUAUUUGCAUGAAGAAUCAAUUCCUGAAGAAUGGCGACUACCUUCUGGGUUAGACCCAGAAUGGAUCGCAUUGGAGGUCUACAAUGAAGACGAGGAUUCAGACACCGAGUCCGAAGCAGAGCCAACGCUAGAAAGCUCCAUUGAUCAGAAUCUGAUGGCGAAGUUGUCCCUGAAAGACGAAAAGCAUUCACCAUCCCAAUCACCCUCUCCCGGGGGCCGCCACUAUAUCUCUCACGCAACGACAUCAUCAAACCCCGCCCCAGCCACGACCACAGUUUCCAAUCCAUUAUUUGAACAUAUCCGCACAUCGCUCUCGCUACUCGAGACCCUCCUCCGUCUUACCUCCCUCCAACAAUUCCAACAGCAGUCUCAUCUUUCAAUCAGUGAUGAACUUCUUAACUUCUUCCUUGAAGAAUCAUCUUCGACUGGUGCCGGUGGCGACGAGCAACAUCGCCAGCGUCUGCGUUCUGAAGCACGUCGUCGCGUGGGAUGGGAUCCCUAUGAUGAGAGCCCGGUCAAGCACCGCGGGGAGGACUAUCAGUACGGAUGGGGACCUGGUAGUCCUUCAGCCUACCCACGAGAAGAUGAUGAGCUCUACUCACCCGGGGGAGGGUCUCGAGGUUUCCAGCUACGUUCCCGCGACAACACGCCAGAGACACCACAGCGUAGGGGCUCACCUGCGAUGCGCCCAAGCGGUUUGAGAGGUGUAACACCUGCAUAUAUAGAUGACGCGAGCUCGAGGCACAGCUCACCAUUGGCGAAGAAGGCUGGUCAUGUCCCGAAGGAAGAUGCUGGAUCUGGAACGUUAGAUUGA